CCCUUCCCAAACAUGGGGCAGCUUCUAGAUCUUUCUCACAGAAACCACCCCUAUGGCCCCCUGCUACCAAAGCCUUGCCACGUAAACCCACUACACAGAGUUAGGGUCACAGGCAGGAGCUGGGUCACCUGUAGCCAAAGGGGCCCCAGAGAGUCCCUAGGGAGUCACCCAGACUGACAACAUUUGCCUUUACUGGACUCUUCCAGCAUGUGAGCUGAGUCUUCUGCCCACACUAACGUGUGUUGCUUAGAAAUACUUGGGCCACCCUGCCUGCCACUCAGAAUGGGGAAAGGGCAUAAAGCAGGAAAUGAAAAGCAGCAUCACAGGAAGGCAACACACAUCCCAUAUCAUUAGGUGGGAUGUUUUGCAUUCAAGAGCAGCUUGUCAGAAAAUAGUCCCUGCUUCAAGGGAUGCCUCUGGACAUGGGGCAGCUAAGGCCCACUAUAAAAGCCAGCCCAGCUCCGUGCUCUCUCAUCCACGUCUCUGGCCUUCUUCUUGUUGGGAACCAGGUGAACCUCCUGCCCCCAGACAUGUCCUGCUACGACCAGUGCCGGCCAUGCCAGCCCUGCGGCCCAACCCCGCUGGCCAGCAGCUGCAAUGAGCCCUGCGUCAGGCAGUGCCAGAACUCCACCAUUGUCAUCCAGCCCUCUCCCGUGGUGGUGACCCUGCCCGGCCCCAUCCUCAGCUCCUUCCCGCAGAACACCGUUGUGGGAUCCUCCACCUCUGCUGCCGUUGGCAGCAUCCUCAGCUGUGAUGGUGUCCCCAUCAACUCUGGGUGCUGUGAUCUCUCCUGCAUCACUAGCCGCUACUGUGGCAGCAGGUGCCGCCCCUGCUAAAGAUGCCAGACAGUGCCCCAGACCAGGACCCCAGGAAAUCAGAACAUGCUGCUGGACAAGAAUGGAUGGAAGAAGAGACCUCAUGUUGUUGUUUUAAGAGGACCUGACCAUCUCUGGCUUGUCCUGUAAAGACAGAUAGGAAGGGGCCAGUCUUGAGUCUAUGACAACAUGACCAAUGUCUUCCUAUCCUGUUUUCUACACGCUCUUUUUCUUUCUUUGCUUUCUUGCCCUCUCCUUUGUGUGAGGCCCCCAGAAACCAGCCUGGAGAGACCUGCUAGCCCCUCUCCCCAUGUGGACCAGGUAGAUUGAUGCCCUGUUGCAAGUCUGCCUUUGGAAAAGCUGAACAGAUUUUUGUCUGCUCCUGCUGUGCUACGAUCUCGGGGCCUCCUCUUGGAGUCACCUCCUUUCCCUCCUGAGCCUUGAUAAACAUUUGCAGCAAC